ACUUAUCGUAACGUCUUUCUUUCUCUAAUAGGGUUCGCGCCGAUUUUCAUUGUUGCUUCAUUACUCAAACAACAACAAGCCCAGUGAAUGAUCUCUCACUCUAUCUUUGACAUCUCACAAUGUUUUAUUCUCAUCCGCUUCAUCGCGAAGCACGAAAAUCUGGGCCGUAUCUCCAACCACGAAAAUUUGUGCCGGAACCUAUUGAGACCUCGGUGAAGAUUGCUGGUGCUAAUUUCCUCAAGCAUUUGCGACUAUUGAAGUGUCCAUCGAAGCGUCGGCAUACUAGUACCAUUGAUGACCUGCACCACUGGAUAGCUGAAGUGCGGGAUUUGGUCGACGAUGAAGAUUUACUGACGGGUAGUAUAAUUAUUGAGCUGAAUGAAGAAAUUCAAAAGAAAGAUGUUGAAGUUGGAAAGCUCAAAGUUGAAGUUCAAAAGCUCGAAGAUGUAGUUCAAAAGAAGAAGGAAACUAAGUUUCUUAAGCAAAAAACUGCUGCUGUUCGAAGUGGUCUGAGAGUUGAGGUUCGUAAGGGGAAAGCUGCUGAAAAACGAAAGCAGAAAGCUGCUGAAAUUCGAAAGCUGAGAGCUCAAAUUCAAAAGCUGAAAACUGAAAUUGGAAAGCUGAAAACUGAAAUUCGAACGUUGACAACUGAAAUUCGAAAACUGAAAACUGAAAUUCAAAAGCACGAAGCUGAAGUUAACAAGAAGAAAGCUAAAUAUGAAAAUUACAAAGCUAAAUAUGACGAAUACAGAGAUGAACUAAAAGCUAAAAGGCAGAAAGCUGUGGAAGCCGGAGAACAAAGUGUUGGAGGCUUAACAUGUUAAAUGUUUGAUUCUGUGUAGACCUCUUAUAAAUAUUGUUAGGUGCUCUAGUAAAGCAUUUUAAAUGUCCUAACUAAAAGUAGGAAGUUGUGUGUAAACCAAACUAUGUUCUGUUUUAUCCUAAGUUAUGAGUGUUAGACAAUUGAGAUGCAAGGAA